AUGCUUAAAAACAGACCUGUCAACAUUGCCUGCAUCCAGGAGACCAAGUGGAAAGGUUCAAAGGCGAAAGAAAUCGGAGAUGGCUACAAACUCAUCUAUCGUGGUACCAGAACACGAAAUGGCGUAGCAAUAGUUGUCGACCAGGACUUCCGUAACAAUGUCACCAGUGUCCACAGGGUGUCAGAAAGGCUUAUGUCUAUCAAGAUUGAUUCAACAGCUAUCACUGCCCACGUUGUAUCUUGCUAUGCACCUCAAACUGGAUGCACUGAGGAUGAGAAGGACAAGUUUUGGAACAGUCCGGAUGUCCUCCUUCGAGAAGUUCCCCAGGAUGAGUCCAUUAUUGUUGGAGGAAAUUUAAACGGACAUUUCAGGGCUCACAAAGAAGGAUAUAUGCGAUGCCAUGGAGGACAUGGGCUCGGUGUGUGGAAGGAUGAUGGAUGUUGGAUACUUGAUUUUGCAGAAUCUCAUGAUCUCAUUGUGACCAACACAUACUUCAAAAAGAGGCCAACACAUCUGGCUAAUUAUACAAGUGGAGGUCAUGCUACUGAGAUCGAUUAUUGGCUAUUUCGUCAUCAAGACAUGAAGCUGGUAACGGAUACCAAAGUAAUUCCGUAUGACUGCAUCACCCCUCAACACUGA